GCAAUGACUUUGUUGGCGCCGGAAGUUUGCUGUCAGAAGCAGGAACUCGGAAGUAGCGAGGCCGCGGACAUUUCGAGGCCCGCUCGAGACGGUACUCCUGAUGAUGACGCGUCCCUCCAUCUCACAGAUGAAGAUAGCGCUACGAAGACUGGCAGGUCCUCGGCGAGUAUCCCAGAAUCGUCAUACAGCUCUUCGACUAAAUCAGGCUCCUCGACCUCGAGCAUCGAGUCGGCUGCUAGGAGGAUUCUGGAGUCAAUUGAUGGAGAGGAUGCUGAUCGUCAGGGGCUGCAGAAAACACCUAUGCGUUACGCCAAGGCUUUGGAGUUUCUCACGAAAGGGUACUCCGAAUCUCUUGAGGAAAUCGUUAAUGACGCUGUUUUCGACGUCGAGCCUUCAGACAACGAUGAGAUGGUCAUGGUCCGAGACAUUGACAUGUUUUCCCUCUGCGAGCACCAUCUUCUGCCUUUCUAUGGAACGGUAGACAUCGGAUACAUUCCUCGUGGCAAAGUCCUCGGACUUAGUAAAUUAGCUCGAAUAACGGAGAUGUUUUCCAGGCGACUACAGGUCCAAGAAAGGAUGACACAGCAGAUAGCCCGAGCCGUGGAGGAGGCUAUCAACCCUAUGGGUGUAGCAGUGGUCAUCAGAGCAUCCCAUAUGUGCAUGAGUAUGAGGGGAAUACAGAAGACUUCUGCCUCUACCACGACAAGCUGCGUACUAGGAGCAUUCAGAUCCAACCCCAAGACUCGUGCGGAGUUCUUCAGCCUAAUAAGCCACAAGCAGUAGUGUCGGCUCCUAGAGGAAAGGCCUUCAAUUCUACCACUCAAAUGGUCGUAGUGUUUCUGUGCUGGGGGACUGGUCCUCGUUCCUCCCUGUACCCUCUGGGAGCGUCCUGCUUUAUCUAUGGCUAUUCGUACGUUACUAUGCUUGGCUAUAUACAUGCUCCUAUCACUUCUCUGUGUACCCUAUUGCAAGGCCAGGCGGCUCGCCUUACUGUAUGUUGUUAGCCUUCGAUAUCCACGAAAAUCUCAA